AUGCGGAAGGUUUUGGUGUUCGCGUGUAUGUUAUGUUUUGACAUCUUAAUAGUUUUGAUACUGGACCUCGCAGAAACUUUGCUCAAGUCUCCAACAAGCAGUUUGGACUAUAAUCUGUUUCGCCAAUGGGCUGAAUCUGGAUUGCGAUGCACGCUGCUGUACGCGGGGUCUACUUUAUCUAAAGAUGCGGCAGAUCCUUUGAUAAGAAGAUGGAUUACUGUCCACUGUUUUAUCGGUUCGGUAUACGAAACCGGACGCUUAGCGAUGUUUAACAACUACCGUCUUGAUAAAUUCACUGUGUGGCUUGUCGGUACAGUUGCUGCGGCUUUAGCGUGUCUCUUUUGGGAGAUAACACUGCCUGACACAAAUGAAGGGAGUAACGGUAAAGAGCGCAAACAGAAGGCUCGAGUCCUCUUCAUCCGGGUCAUCCGUUUAUACAGGCCAGAUUAUAUAUUAUUAUUUGGAGCUUUUGUGUUUCUGGCCCUAGCUGUGCUAUGUGAAAUGUUCAUCCCACUUUACACAGGAGAGGUGAUUGACAUCUUGGGUUCCCAUUACCAGUGGGAUAACUUUAGAUCAGCUAUCAUUUUCAUGGGAUUAUUCUCAUUAGGAAGCUCUUUCAGUGCAGGUUGUCGCGGAGGCCUGUUCAUGUGUGCAAUCAAUAGCUUCACUUGCAGAGUCAAGGUGCAACUGUUUGGAUCUCUGAUCAGGCAGGACAUUGGCUUCUUUGAGACCAUCAAGACAGGUGAUAUCACAUCUAGACUGUCUACAGACACUACUCUGAUGGGCCGGGCUGUAGCCCUGAAUGUCAACGUUCUUCUGCGGACACUUGUAAAGACAUUAGGAAUGCUGUAUCUGAUGGUGAGCCUCUCCUGGAAGCUUACACUACUGAUGCUGAUGGAGACGCCACUGACAGGCUUACUGCAGAACAUAUAUGACACACACUAUCAGAAGCUCUCAAAAGAAGUUCAGGACUCCAUGGCACAAGCUAAUGAUGCUGCUGGGGAGGCAGUUUCAGGGAUCAGGACAGUAAAGAGUUUCAAGACAGAACUUGGUGAAGCCCAUCGCUAUGAUGGCCGUUUGAUGGAAACUCACAAUCUAAAGACCCGACGGGACACAGUCAGGGCGAUUUACCUGCUAAUUAGGAGGAUGACAGAAUUGGGAAUGAAGGUGGCCAUGCUUUACUAUGGGAGACUGUUCAUCCAGUAUGGACAGAUGAGCACUGGGAAUCUGGUUUCUUUCAUUCUGUAUCAGCAAGACCUUGGAGACAACAUUAGAACUUUGAUCUACAUCUUUGGAGACAUGCUGAAUUCAGUAGGGGCUGCUGGUAAGGUGUUUGAGUACCAGGACCGAAAGUCUGAAGUCAGUAUUGAUGGAAAUCUGAUGCCAAAAGAUCUGAAAGGACACGUCAAGUUUCAGAAUCUCACCUUCUCGUAUCCCAGAAGACCCGACCACAAUGUGUUAAAGGACUUCUCUCUGGAGUUGAAGCCGGGUCAGAUGACGGCUCUGGUGGGAAUGUCCGGUGGAGGGAAGAGCACCUGUGUGAGUCUGCUGGAGAGAUUCUACCAGCCGCAGCAGGGAACCAUUCUGUUAGAUGGAAAACCACUGCAGGACUACCAACACAAAUAUCUGCACAGCAAGGUAGCGAUGGUGGGUCAGGAGCCUGUCCUUUUCUCUGGUACAGUACGAGACAACAUUGGCUAUGGUCUCCAAGGCUGCUCAAUGGAAAGAGUGAAGGAGGCUGCAAGCAAAGCCAAUGCCCAUGCCUUCAUCUCCAAACUGGAAAAGGGAUAUGACACAGAUGUUGGAGAGCGUGGUAAUCUACUCUCAGGAGGUGAAAAGCAGCGCAUCGCAAUUGCCAGAGCUCUGAUCAGAGAACCUCAGGUGCUCAUACUGGAUGAAGUGACCAGCUCUUUGGACACUGAAAGUGAACAAAUGGUUCAACAGGCCUUGUCCUGCUGCCCCACGCAGACACUGCUAGUGAUUGCUCAUAGGCUGAAAACCAUUGAGAGGGCGGAUCAGAUUGUUGUGAUUGACAGUGGGGAGCUGGUGGAGAAGGGCACACAUGAGGAACUGAUGGAAAAGAAGGGAAGCUACUAUAAGCUGAGAGAGAGGCUCUUUAGUGAUGAUAAAACAACAAAACAAGAGAAAGAGAAAUCUGAUACCGUAAAAACGCAGUAG